AUGGUCAAAAAAGUAAUAGACUCUCGCAUUCACACUCUCGUCAAGAACGGGGUUCAGAACAAGCAUCGAACAUUCUUUGUUAUCGUGGGUGAUAGGGGCAGGGAUCAGAUAGUGAACUUACAUUGGUUGCUUUCUCAAGCAAAGGUUGCAGCCCGACCUUCAGUAUUAUGGUGUUAUAAGAAGGAGCUAGGUUUUAGUAGGCAAAAACGUGAGGCUAAAAUUCGAAGAGAAGUCAAGCGUGGAAUUCGUGAGGCAAAUGAAGAAGAUCCGUUUGAACUUUUUAUAACAGUCACGAAUAUUCGAUAUACGUACUACAAGGAGACUGACAAGAUCCUUGGUAACACGUACGGAAUGUGCGUGCUUCAGGAUUUUGAAGCCUUGACACCAAACUUGCUAGCUCGUACUAUUGAGACAGUGGAGGGCGGCGGGAUUGUAGUUUUAUUGCUAAAAACGAUGAAAUCAUUAAAGCAAUUGUACACAUUGACAAUGGACGUUCAUUCCCGAUACCGCACCGAAUCACACAACGAUGUCAUUGCUCGAUUCAACGAACGCUUUAUUUUGUCAGUGGGAGCUUGCGAGAACUGUCUAGUGGUUGACGAUGAAUUAAACGUACUACCAAUAUCAGCUGGCAAGAAUGUCAAGCCUCUUCCUCCAAAACCGCCAGAAGAAAACCUGACGGAGUCUCAAAUCGAACUUCGAGAUCUCAAGGCUUCUCUCGCUGAUACACAACCUGCUGGAGCUCUGGUUGGAACAGCUCGUACUCUCGAUCAAGCGAGAGCGAUUCUAACGUUCAUUGAGGCCAUAUCUGAGAAAACUCUUCGUACGACUGUGAGUCUAACUGCUGCGCGUGGACGUGGCAAAUCGGCAGGGUUGGGCGUUGCCAUCGCGUCCGCCGUGGCAUUUGGGUAUUCAAACAUCUUUGUGACUUCUCCAAGUCCUGAAAAUCUAAAAACAUUGUUCGAGUUUGUGUUCAAAGGGUUUGAUGCUUUAAAAUAUGAGGAGCAUUUAGAUUAUGAUAUUGUACAGUCUACAAACCCAGACUUUAAUAAAGCAAUUGUGAGAGUGAAUAUUUUUAGACAGCAUAGACAGACUAUUCAAUAUAUUCGACCACAAGACGCGCACAUGCUUAGUCAAGCGGAACUGGUUGUUAUCGACGAAGCUGCUGCCAUUCCUUUACCACUUGUGAAGAAUUUAUUGGGUCCAUAUCUCGUCUUUCUGGCAUCGACUAUUAAUGGGUAUGAAGGUACCGGACGAUCGCUCUCUCUCAAGUUGAUACAAAAUUUACGCGAACAAUCGCGAGGAUUUGUUGGAAAAGAAGGCGGAGCCAAGAACCUAGACGAUGUCAUAGUUGUCAAUCGCAGCGGGAAAGGAAAGAAUACUUCGUCUACGACUUUGAACGGCGUCACUACGGGUGGACGAAUACUCCGCGAAAUCAAGCUGGAUGAACCCAUUCGUUAUGGUGUCAACGAUCCGGUUGAGAAAUGGCUAAACAAAUUAUUGUGUCUGGAUGCAAACAUUAUAUCAAAAAACAUUGAAGGAUGUCCACAUCCUGAUCAGUGCGAACUAUAUUAUGUCAACCGCGACACGUUAUUCUCUUUUCACCCCGUUUCCGAGACGUUUUUGCAGCGAAUGGUAGCAUUGUACGUGGCAAGUCAUUAUAAAAACUCUCCAAACGAUCUGCAGCUGAUGUCGGACGCGCCAGCGCAUCAUUUGUUUGUGUUACUGCCGCCUAUACGUGAUGGAGAUAAUUCAUUGCCCGACCCUCUCUGCGUCGUUCAGGUUUGUCUAGAAGGUGAGAUUUCAAAGGAAGUGGUCCUUAAAAGUUUAAGUCGAGGUCAGCGCGCGAGCGGAGAUCUUAUACCAUGGAUUAUAUCCCAGCAGUACCAAGAUGAUGAUUUCGCUAAUCUAUCCGGAGCACGAAUAGUAAGAAUUGCAACUCAUCCUGAUUAUAUCAAGAUGGGAUAUGGAUCACGAUGUUUGGAGUUAUUAUGUGCAUUCUAUCAAGGUGAAUUUGCUGCUUUGAAUGAGAAUGACGAAUACGUGGAUGAAAGUAUUGUUCGAGUAAACGAUAAUGAACUAGAGAAUGCAGACCUGCGCUCGGACGAAAUUAAAAUCAGAGAUCCUCAAAAGAUGCCACCCCUUCUUCUCAAGCUCUCAGAAAAGCGACCUGAUAGACUACACUACAUUGGCGUCUCAUAUGGCCUAACUCCCGCAUUGCACAAAUUCUGGAAACGUGCCGGCUUUGUUCCGCUUUAUCUUCGCCAGACUCCUAAUGAUCUUACAGGAGAACACACUUGCGUCAUGUUAAAGGCCUUGAAGUCGGAUGAUUUGGUCACAUCUUGCGAUCCCAAUUGGCUUUCAGCAUUUGCGAGAGACUUUCACAGGCGAAUCUUGAAUUUACUUUCAUAUCAAUUCAGUGCCUACCCCACAGUUCUUGCACUUAGUAUAAUGGAGGCUACCAGCAAAAUGAUAAGAGAUAGUGAUCGAUCGAGAGGCAUGUACCCUUUAAACGCGUUAUUCUUUGUAUUUUCAUCUAUACUCUCGCUAAUUGGUGGUUCGCUCAUAGUCUUAACCAAGAACGAUCUGGACAACCUAUAUUCAUCAUACGACCUGAAACGCCUUGAUCGUUAUGCGAAGAAUUUAUUAGACUAUCAUGUGAUUAUCGACUUGAUUCCGAAUAUUGCGUUCCUGUACUUUGAAGGACGUUUUGGUGAAAGCGUAAAACUAUCUGGCAUACAGAGCUCUCUACUUGCGGGAAUUGGACUGCAAAAGAAGACGAUUGACAAAUUAGAGGAGGAACUUGCAUUGCCUGCCAGCCAGCUGUUGGCCCUGUUCACGAAAAUGAUCAGAAAGGUUUCGACAUUCUUUACUGACACAGAAAAGGCUGCAGUUGAGGCCGAUAUUCCCCGCGAACAGACAAAGGUAAAAAAAAAAGUUGCGCUGCCAACGGAACCAAACUCGACGCCUAAAAUUAUAAAUUACAGUGACGAUUGGGAGCCAUAUGGACAGUCUCUGGAGGAUGACCUUGAGGAAGCUGGAAACGAGGCCAUGAGCGAAGUACGUGCAAAACAAAGAGAACUCUUAAAUUCGUUAGACUUGUCAAAAUACGCAAUUGACGAGUCAGUUGAAGGGUGGGAAUCGGCAGAGAUGCAGAUUGCUGCAGCUUCAUCAGGAAAGAAAUCAAACUCUUCGACUGUAGUUAGCAUAAAGAGUAAAGAUUCAGCAAAGAAGCGAAAGGCGAACGAAACAGCCGCCGACAUAGUCGCGAGGGAGACCAAAGUUGCUGGUAAAAACAGUCAGAAAAAAGCUAAAAAGAAGCACAAAAAGGCAUGA